AUGGCCGGGCGGGCCGCCCCGGGGCCCUACCGCGCCACCGCGCUGUGGAAUGAAGUCACCAGGUACUUCCGAGCUGGGAUGCCCCUGCGGCAGCACCGGCAGCUCCUCCGCCGGCACGGCAGCUGCUUCACCGCGGCCGAGGCUGCCGACUGGCUGCACCGGGUGCUGCGGGCUGACAGCAACUUCGGGCCUGAAGUCACCAGGCAGCAAACUGUCCAGCUGUUAAGAAAGUUCCUCAAGAACCACGUCAUUGAAGAUAUCAAAGGGAGAUGGGGGUCCGAAGACUUAGAAGACAAUGGUGUGCUGUACAGAUUUCCUUCAACGUCUCCAGUUAAACCUCUACCAAGCUCAUGUCCACCAAAAGAGAACUUGGAAAACUUCUCUAGAGACAAAGAGAGACCUUUUAAGCUGCCACAUUUAUCCAAGAGAACUUUCAAAAAAAAUGAGUUGCUGCAGUCUCUGGAAAAUUUAGAGAAACCAAACUCAGAUAUAAUAAAGGAAAAUAAGGAAGACAAACCACAUAGGAAGGAAAUAAGCCAGGAAUACGUGCAAGAAACUUGGAGAAAUAUCAUUCUAAUACAUUUGCAGACCAUUUUAGGCCUCCCAUCUUUGGAAGAAGUUUUGCAGCCAACACAGAUAGUUCCUGAGUAUGUCAUAUACAACAUGACUAACGUCAGCAAACAUGGGGUGGUUAUUUUGCAGAACAAAUCAGAAGACCUCCCUCACUGGGUGUUGUCAGCCAUGAAAUGCCUGGCCUACUGGCCUCGAAAUAAUGACAUGAGCCAACCAACUUACAGUGGGUUUGAACGGGAUGUGUUCAGAACAGUUGCUGAUUACUUUCUCAGUCUCCCUGAACCAUUGCUUACUUUUGAGUACUAUGAACUUUUUGUUAAUAUUUUAGUUAUGUGUGGUUACAUCACAAUUCCAGAUAUAUGCAGUGGAAAACAUUCUGCCCAAGAUGAGAAACGUGACCCACAACCUUCAAAAAUUCUUCACUUGAACUCUUUCAAGUCAACUGAGUGUCUUCUCCUAAGUCUGCUUCGUAAAGAGCCUGACAAAAAAAAGAGAGAAUUGGAAGCCUCCAGGAAGCUGUCUUCAGAAGAGCUAGCUAUUAAAAAGCAAUGUGCAAAGAAACUGCAGCAAUAUAAACUGGCACGUAAACAAGGUGGUGCUGAUAAUCUGGUAGGAGGAAGUUGUCAAAAUCUUUCCAGUUUUCAGGAUAAACAAGAUCCACCCCAACCAUUUAGGACAAGAUGUUACUCUUUGGAAAGAGUUGGAGAUUCUACUUCAAAUGUCUGUAAUGAGGGAGAAUCUGCUGCCCUCAGGCAAAGUGAUGUGGACACCAUCCCAGGCACAAGAAAUGGAAAACUAUCACUAGUGCACGAGUAUGAAGCUAAUUCUGUAUUGGAGCUUGGUUUUGAUAGCACAAGUCAACACCAAACAUGUGGUAUCAAGAGGGUUUCUGCCUCGGCUCUUCAGGAUAAAGAGCUGGUUAAUGAAAAGCACAGACUGAAGCAAGUAAACAGGUCUCUGAGUUUACUUGGCAAGAGGAACUCCAAAAGUUGCAGUAGCAUUAACAUCCCAGUUGCUGAAAUCACAGUGAAGCCAAGGUCUCAACUUUGUGGGCAAGGAAAACCACAUACCUCUGGUGUGGCUACUUCCAUGGACAUCAGGACUGAGGUUUCCAAUGUCACCAUAAAUCAGAGGCUCUGCAAAAGUACCACAGAACUCUCAGAAUCCUCUCUCACUCACUCUUGUCUGUUGACUGGCACGCAAAAUCUCCUUCAGCCUCACUUAGAAAGGAUUGCUGUGGAAGCCCUGCAGAUCUGUUGCCUGCUGCUGCCACCGCCCAAUCGCAGGAAGAUCCAGCUCCUGAUGCGCAUGAUCUCCCGGAUCAGUGAAAACGUGGACAUGCCCCGACUGCACCAGGAGAUGGGAACACGCUCUUUGAUGAUCCAGACCUUCUCUCGCUGUGUGCUGUGCUGUGCAGAAGAAGUAGAUCUUGAUGAGCUGCUUUCUACACGACUGGUUUCAUUUCUCAUGGACCAUCAACAAGAAAUAUUUAAAGUCCCAACCUACCUGCAGGUUGCAGUGCAAGAUCACAUAGAGUACAUGAAGGUGGCUGAGUGCAAAUAUCCAAAGGAAGACAUGUGUGCCAUAUUGCCAACCUAUUCCUACUGCAAACAAAUAACUCCUCAGGAGUUUGAAGAGCAAAAGGUUUCUACCUCUCAAGCUGCUGUGGCAGAGCUUUUGGAGAACAUUAUCAAAGAUAAAAACUUGUCUGUGAAAGACAAGAAGAAGAAGUUGAAACAGUUUCAGAAGGAGUACCCCCUGAUCUACCAGAACAGAUUUCCAACCACAGAAAAUGAAGCAAUGCUAUUGGAGAACAAACCUACCAUCAAACAACCCAUGCUGAGCUUAAGAAAGCCAAGACUUCGCAGCCUGAGAUACUGAUCUCGCCACCCUUCAGCUGCUUAUUUAUUUGAUGGAUGGAUGAAUGAUUUGCCAAAGGGGCCUUUGCUACAGAAAUUUGUUGGUGGCUGCAUGUGUAGAAGGAAGAAAUGUUUACAUGGACACUAUGUUGAAAGGUGCCAA